UUUUCAAGGCAGAGUCGAAGAAACGACUUUCAGAAAACUUGGAUCGAAGCCAAAGUACGACAUUUACAUUGACAAGAAUCUGGUGACGUGGGUGGAUGGCAAAAAAUUCUUUCCCAUUGGAGCUUAUAUGAACGACCUUAAUCAAUUUGACAUAGAUCAUUUCAAUGAUUCACCAUUCAAUUUGAUGAAGGUUGGUGGGCACUCCAACAAAAAGGCACUCGACGACUUGUACGAGAAAACACAUGGAAAAAUCAGAGCACUCAAUCCAAUGGCAAAUAUGUACUGUGGAACAAACCAGACGUUGAAAAACAAUUACUUAGCAACCAUGAAAGCAUUGAUUGAAGAUACUCAGACGUCAAAAGGACUCUUUGGGCAUUAUAUCACAGACGAACCGGGUGCGUCGUGUGCUCCAAUGAUGAAAGAGGUGACGCGUAUGAUCAGAGAAAUAGAUAGGCAACACGUCUCGUGGCCGACGAUCAAUUUGAGAUUCAAUUAUGACAUAUUUAAAGAGGGAUUUGAUUGUGUUGGUAUUGAUGAUUACCCCGUCCAAACAUUUGACAGCUUGCAGUCCAUUUGGGUGAUGGUGACGCAAGGAAGAAAGAAGAUGAUGAAUUCAAGAGCGAUGUGGGCUGUUCCUCAAAUAUUUGAUUGGACUGUUUAUAACGACAGUUAUAACUUGGACUGGUCAAAGGAAUUUCCACCAACAUAUGACCAGUUGAGAAACAUGGUGUAUCAAUUUAUUGCUUCUGGUGCGAUGGGUGUUGUGUACUACGACUACACUGAAAUGAAAGUAAUGGACUAUAAACACCCAUUUGAAAAAGAAUGGACGAAAGUCAAGGAUGUCACUUAUGAACUCCGAGACAAAUUCUCUGACAUCAUCCUAUGUGUGGAAGACCCAAUCAACACGGAUUACAAAAUCCCUGUCAACUUGGGACUGGACUUUACUAAUUACGUCUCGACACGACAGUGGAGCUGCAAUGGAUCGGAUUAUAUAUUAGUUGUGAAUGUGAGAAACGUGUUGUAUAAUUACACAUUCUACAAACCAAACAAGUCGUACUGUUUGGAACAACUGAUGGGAAAUGGAACUGCUACAACAAUAAAUGGAACGUCUAUUUCUUUGAAAAUGGACAGAAUGGACGUCUUCUGGUUCCGUGGUUACAAAAGCAAAAAGAGUGAAUGCGAUGAAAUCAUUAAUCUGUCUAGUACAAAUGGCAUUUACGUUCUUAUGGCUAUGGCUCUUUUUAUGAUUUUAUUGUAA